UCGCGAAGGACGGGUCUUUAUCGAAAGUCGGCGAGAUGGAGAGAGGGCGGGAUGGUGAAAUUCGAUGGUGCGUGGUGUCGAGAUAGUCUGUCCUCGGCAUCAUGGGGCGGGAAACGAGGAUGAUUGUGGCGGAGUUUCGUAUAGCCAUCAGAAUUGAGCAAGAGCGACUCGAAGGGUAGAAUCGAGCGAUGCUGUGAGCGCAUCACAUUGUGUUGCGAUCCAACGUUUCGCUAUUGCUGUAGAUAGUAUCUCCAGCCAGCAACGAAGAUGACAAUAGCUUUCAGCCUGGUUGGCUUGUUUGCGUGUCUCCUUGGGGCCGGGACCGACGCGGCUUUCGAGACGAUCACUCGCGAUGUGGUGAUUGUGGGCGGAGGAAGCACCGGCACCUACGCGGCCAUCCGCCUCAAGGACUUGGGCAAGUCCUUCGUCGUGGUCGAGCGCAGUCACCGUCUGGGUGGCCAUGCAGAGACCUUCUAUCCAGCCGAUCACACCCCCAUCAACUACGGGGUCGAGGGACUCUUCAACACCAGCGUGACGCGAGCGUAUCUACACCGACUCAACGUCACGUAUGAAGUGCGCGUGCCCGCCUCGUCCACGGACCAGUAUCUCAACCUGAGAACCGGCGCCAAAGUGCCGGUCGAGCCCUUCGACGAGCAGCAGGUCCUGAAACCAUACCUCGAUGCCAUCGCUCAGUUUCCCUUCCUCAACGACGGGGUCUACGACCUACCCGACCCAGUCCCAGAGGACCUACUGCUCCCGUUCGGCGACUUCGUAAAGAAAUACCACCUCGAAGAUACCAUCCUCCCGAACAUCAAUCACGGCUGCGGCGACAUCCUGAAGACGAUGACCCUCUAUCACGUCCAAUACCUCGGAGUCCCGCACGCCAAAGCCCUGGGAGAAGGCUACAUCCGCCCCGUGAACGGCAUGGCCGAGAUCUACACCCGGGCGGCGAAGGAAUUGGCCCCUCACCUCCUGUUCAGGACGACCAUCCGAUCCAUCCGUCGCACCCACAACGGGGUCGAGGUCACCGUCCGUCACGCCAACGGCACAGCGCGACUCAUCCGCGCGAACCAACUCCUCCUCACCAUCCCCGUGACGCUCGACAACCUGCGCAGCAUCAUCGACCUCGACGCGCACGAAACGGACCUCUUCGCCCGCUGGCGUCACCAAACGUACUACGCCGCCCUCGUAAACAACACCGGUCUCGUCGAAGGGGUAAACUUCCUCAACAUCGACCCAGACAACCCUCUGUCCGUGCCAUCCGAGCCGUUCAUCUGGCGGAUCGACGCCCAGCGCGUUCCCGGAUACCGCACCAUCAAGCUAGUGGGGAACCAGUCCUUCACCGCGUCUGAUGCGCGGCAGUUGUUGGUGGAGACGUUCGCCCGGCUCCGCGCCCAAGGUACGUUUCCGACGGCGCGGAAGCCGCAGAUUGUGACCUGGGGGGACCACACGCCGGCGACGAUGAGUGUGAGUGCGGAGGAGAUUCGGAAUGGGUUCUACAGCGAACUAUAUGGCUUGCAGGGACGGCAUCGCACGUUCUACACGGGGUUGUCGUGGGCGUCGGAUUACUCGACCUUGCUGUGGGGGUAUACGGAUACCGUGAUUGAGCAGAUGCGAGCGGCGUGGGGACAGGGGAUGUGAGGUCGCUCAUCGCUUCUGGAUGACAGGUAGAUGCGGAGAGAAAGCUGUCAUAUUGUUUGUAGUCUCUGAGUUGUCGUUUCAUGGUAACUGUGCGCCUCAUGCGCUUUGAUAUUUCGACUGAUUGUUCAUAAAGAGACCGAAUGUGUAAUCCAUUGGUACAGUAGAUCAAAGACAUGACACUUUGCUCAACAGAAGCUCAGUGACCAAGGUCUUGCG